GCUUAUUUUCAGGUUAUGUGCAGUUUCAUGAAGUGCUUUGGUUACGUUAUUCCAGUUUUAAACAUAUUACAAUAAUUGCAUGACUUGUUAUAAAUCAGUUUCGUAAUCUUUUCGUGAAAAUGAUAAGCGAAGAAAAAAUCUCUAAAAUUGGUGGUGUUUUAAACGAUCCUCGUCGCCCCCUGAAAGAACGAUUUCGAGCCCUAUUUACCCUGAAAAAUAUAGGUGGUGCUAUCGCAAUCAAAUGUAUUGCAGACUGUUUUAGUGAUAAUUCUGCACUUUUAAAACACGAGUUAGCUUAUUGUCUAGGACAGAUGAAAGAUCCAGCUGCUAUUCCAAUCCUCACAUCAAUUUUAAGCGACGUCAAGCAGGAGCCAAUGGUUCGCCAUGAAGCAGCCGAAGCACUGGGAGCUAUUGGAUGCGAAUUGGAAACCGUCUUGCCUGUCCUUGGGCAGUUCAAAAAUGAUGAUGUACCAGAAGUUAAAGAAACAUGUCAGUUGGCAGUCGACAGACUUCAAUGGAUUUCCUCCGGAGGUAAAGAUGGAGGAAAUAUUUAUGGUUCGGUCGAUCCAACGCCGUCAAGCCUUAACAAGAACGUGAAGGAACUGGAAUCUAUUUUACUAGACAAUAAUGUUGAUCUCUAUGAUCGUUAUCAGGCAAUGUUUGCUUUGAGAGACUUAGGUACCCCAGAAUGCAUUCUGUCCUUAUCCAAAGGUUUGAAAACAGGAAGUGCUCUAUUCAGACAUGAAGUAGCUUUUGUCCUUGGACAGUUACAAUCGCCUGUCAGUGUACCAUACUUGAUCGAUGGAUUACGAGACAAAUCUCUAAAUGAAAUGGUAAGGCAUGAGUGUGCAGAAGCAUUGGGCGCCAUUGGAACUGAAGAGUGCAUGGAUGUUUUAAGACAGUUCUUGGAGGAUGAUAAGGUGGUUGUAAAGGAAAGCUGCGAGAUUGCUCUAGACAUGUGCGACUAUGAAAACAGUCCUGAAUUUCAAUACGCCAAUACUCUUCUCAAAAUCUAAUUUUUACUAUGUCGGUAUAAUUUUGUCAAUUUCCUUUGAUCUUAAAUUUUGUAUGUACGUGUAUUGUUAUUUAACUAUCACUUCUUGUUCAUAAAAUUCAUUAAAAAUAAAAAGUUACUGUUUUUUACAAUUAAAA